AUGCUUUACCGGUCAACGUCCGACAAGCAGCUGAAGCUCUUUAUGAAACUACUGAACCAGGGUUCCUCCCCCUCGACGCCUGACGCCUUUGGCAACACCCCUCUCCACUGGGCUGCCUUCUCAGGUCACACUUCGACUGUUAAGGCGCUCCUAACUGCAGGCGCAUCUCCCAACGCCACCAACGCCAAGGACUGGACGCCGCUCCACUGCGCGUGUAUCAACGACCACACCUCUGUCGCUGAUCUCCUCAUUUCCGCAGGCGCCAACACCGACGCCAUCAACGCUCAGGGCUUCACACCGCUUGCCCUCACCUCAGCGCCCCCGCACAUUGACGCUGAUCCCGGCAUGUCCCAUACUGCCGUAGACCCGGGCUUUACUGCCCGACUCUCGGCGCUCGAGACCGACAUUUCCGAGCUCAACGCUCGUCGGCUCGCGUCGACCAAGUCGCUUACCAACGCGCUGCUCUCGGCCUCGGCCCCUCCGGCCGACCUUGCUUCGGCACAGAUUGCGCUCUCCAAGCUCGAGGCCGAGCUGUACUCCAAGAUGCAGACCGCCAAGGAGGAGCUGCUCGCCCGCGACCGCGACCGCGAGGCCGAAAAAUGGCACUUCCAGAAGGAGCUCGAAGACGCAUACCACUCCAAGGUCCAAGCGCUCUCGGCCCGCGAGGCGGAGCUUGAGCAAGCCAAAGUCAACUUUGAGUACGAGCUCCGCAGGGAGUACGAGGCCGCCUUUGCCGCAUCGGUCGAGGGCGAGACCUCGUCGCUCAUCGCUGCCCAGGAGCGGUUCCUGGCUGACAAAGAAGCCGAGGCUAACGCCCGCGAGUCGGCCCUCCAAGCCAAGCUUGCCUCGAUCAUGGACGAGCUGCAGGCUCGCGAGCGCCAGCGUGAGCUGGAGCUCGCCCAGUACCGCUCCUCGCUCCAGGGCCAGCUCGACAGCAAGCUCCGCGACCUCCGCUCCAAGGAGGCCGAGCUAGAGAACGCCAAGGUCCAGUUUGAGUCUGAGCUCCGCGAGGCCUACGAGGCCGAGUAUGCUGCUCGCAUUCUCGCCUACACCCAGGACUCGGCCAAGUCGCAAGAGGCGUACCUCGCCGAGCGCGAGGCUCGCUUUGCCAAGCAGCGCGAGGAGCUUCUUGCCUCGGUCAAGCGUCUUGAGGACGAUCUCAUCGCCCGCGACCGCGCUCGUGAGGCCGAGGUCGCCACCCUCCUCGCCGCCCAGCAGCGCGAGCUGGACGCCCGCGAGUCAGCACUCCGCUCUCGUAUGGCUCGCAUGGACGCCCAGGCUGCCCAACUCGAGUCGCAGCUCCGCGCCACCAUCGAGGCAGAAAUGGCCGACAAGGUUCGCGCUGCCAUGCAGGGCUCGCUCCAGGCCAAGGACGAGUUCAUUCGCGAGUCGCAGGCCCAAGCUCUCCGCCGCGAGCAGGACCUCGCCGCUCAGCUCUCGCAGCUCCGUGCCGAGGCUGAUGCCGCAGAGCAGGACCGCCUUCGUGCCUACUUUGACGCCAAGGCAUCACUCGAGGCCGAGUACGCUGCCAAGGCCGACGCGCUCCGCGAGGCCCAGGCCCAGCUUGUUGCCCGCCAGGCCGCGCUUGAUGACGCCACCCGUGCCAAGGUCCACGCCGCCAAGGACGCGGCGGCCGACGAGGUCAACACGGCCCGCGCCGCCCUCGCCGCCGAACGCGCCGCCCUCGACGAAGCCGUCGCCUCGUUCAACGAGCGUCUCCGCUCCGAGUCGUUUGCCCGCGAGCAGGCAUACCUUGCCAAGGAGAAGGAUCUUCUCUCGCGCGUUCACGCCCUCGAGGCCUCGCUCCAGGACGAGUUCCUGGCCCGCGACCACCAGCGCGACGUUGAGCUCAACGCCGCCAAGCGCGAGCUGGAGGAGGCCGCCCGCAACAAGGCCCAGGAGCUGAAGAAGCUCGAGCUUGCCCUUCAAGAGGACAAGCUCAACUUUGAGCGCGCGCUCAAGGCACAGUACCGCGAGGAGCUCGACAACGAUAUCCAGCUGCUCGAGUCCAAGAAGGCACAGCUCGACGCGUUCCACAAGGACCAGCAUGACCGCCUCCUCGCUUCGCUCGCUCGUAAGGAGGACUACCUCCGCACCCGCCAGGCUGCCGUUGACCGCAAGGAGCAGGACCUUGCCGCUCGCGCUGCUGCCAUCGAGCAGGAGGCUGCCGCCCGCGACGAUGCCCGUGAGCAGGAAAAGGCUUCGUUCAAGUCUGAGCUCGACGCUGCCUACCAGCGCAAGGUUGCGGCUCUCCGCCAGCUCGAGUCGGAUCUCCGUGCCGAAAAGGUCAAGUACGAGAAGCAGCUUCACGACCAGUACGAGCAGGAGCUCGCUGUUGACGCAGCCUUCCUCAACUCGAAGCGCGCCGAGCUCGAGGACUACGAGAAGGAGCAGCAGGCUCGGUUCGAGCGCGUCCUCGCUCAGCACAAGGAAACGCUCGCCGCGCGCGAGGCCGCGUUCCGUGAGCGCGAGGCUGCGCUCCGCCACGAGGUGGCCGACGCCAAGGACGAGCUCGAGUCGCAGUUUAACGCUCGCGAGGCCGCCCGCAAUGCUGAGGUGAACGACCUCAAGGCCCGCCUCGAACGCCAGCUCCAGGCCCGCCUCCAGGCCCUCAACGACUCGGAGGCCCAGCUCCGCGCUGAGCGCUCCCGCUAUGAGGCUCAAAUCGAGGAGCGUCUCCAGCAGGAGCUUGAGCUUGAGCGCGCCAACCUGGCGUCCAAGGCCUCGGAGCUCUCAACGUACGAAAACGACCUCCAGUCGCGGUUCCAGACACUCAUUGCCGGUCACAAGAAGCAGCUCGCCGACCGCGAGCACUUCUUCCGCAUGCGCGAGACCCAGCUGCUCGACCAGCUCGCCGCCGCACAGUCCGAGUCCUCCACCCGCGACCAUACCCGUGAGCAAGAAAUGGCCAACUAUCGCGCUCAAGUCGACAAGUCGUACCAGCGUCGCUACGAGGCGCUCCAGGCCGAGAAGGCUCGCAUGGCCGAUGACCGUGCCCGCUACCAGGCUGAGCUGCGCGCCCAAUUUGAGGCCGACCUCGCCCUCGAGCGCGCCGCCUUUGAUUCGCGCAAGGACGAGCUCACCGAGCACGAGAAGACCCAGCAGGAGCUCAACGCCAAGCUCAUGGCCCAGGCCAAGGCCCAGGUUGCUGACCGCAUGGCCGCCCUCGACGCCCGCGAGAAGGAGCUCGCCAAGCAGAUGCGCGAGUUCCAGAACCAGCUGCUCGAAGAGGCUGCCUCGCGCGAUGCCGCCCGCGACGAGGAAAAGUCUGCCUACAAGGCCGAGCUCGACGCGACCUACCAGCGCAAGCUCGCUUCGCUUCAGCGGCUGGAAGCCUCGCUCCGCGACGAAAAGGCAGGCUACGAAGCCUCGCUCCGCGACCAGUACGCCCAGGAGCUCCAGCUUGACGUUGCCUUCCUCCAAGAGAAAAAGUCCGAGCUUGAGGACUACGAGGCCCAGCUCCGCGAGGCCAACCGCAACGCGCUUGACGCGCUCAAGGCCCAGCUCCACGACCGUGAGCGCGCACUCGCUCGCAAGGAGAAGGAGGCCGACGAGCGUCUUCGCAUCGCUAUGCUCGAGAUGGACGAGCGGAUCGCCGCUCUCGAGGCUGACAAGCGCGAGUACAAGGCCACUUGCGAUGCCAACUACCGCUCCCGCGCCGCUGCCCUCGACCGCCGUGAGCGCGAGCUACAGGACGAGCGCGAGGCGUUCGAGGCCAAGGCCCGCGCCGCUCUCGACCGCUCGCUGGCCUCCAAGUCCGAGGCCGUUGCCAAGCAGCGCGACGAGCUCUCGGCUUACGAGCGCGCCCUUCGCGAUGACGUCGCUGAGACCCGCGCCAAGCAUGAGGCUUACAUUCUCGAGCGCGAGGCUGCUCUUGCUUCGCGCGAGCGCGACCUGAUGGAGCAGGUUCAUGCCGCCCAAGCCCAGCUCAUCGACCGCGACCGGGCGCGCGAGCUCGAGUACCAGAACUACAAGUCAGAGCUCAACCUGGCGUACCAGAAGAAGCUCGAGGCGCUUCAGGCCGCACAAGCAUCAAUGGCUCAGGACCGCCUCGCCUACGAGGCGUCGCUCCGUGAGCAGUACCAGGCUGAACUCGCUGCCGACUCGGCUUUCCUCGCCUCCAAGAAGGAUGAGCUCUCCGACUACGAGCGGGAGAUGCAGGCCAAGUUCCUUGCCGCCGCCGCCGAGCACAAGGCCGCCAUGGACGCUCGUGAGCGCGAGUACAUGGCACGCGAGCGUGCACUCACCGCCCAGCUUCAGGAUGUCGAGGCGCAGUAUGCUGCCCGCGAGCGCGAGCGUGAGGCUCAGCUCGCCGACUACCGCGCCGCCCUCGACAACUCCUACCAGACCCGCCUCGAACAGCUGCAGUCGCUUCAGGCACGGUUCGUUCAGGACAAGAAGGAGUACGAGGCUCAGAUCCGUGCCCAGUAUGCGGCCGAGUUUGAGCUCGACGCCAAGGCGCUUGAGGAGCGCGCGGCUACCCUCGAUGAGCUCGAGGCCCAGCAGACCGCACGCUUUAAGGCCCUGCUUGAGUCGCACAAGUCGGCAGUUGCUAAGGAGACCUCGGUGCGGCUCCGCGAAAACGCCGAUGACCUCGCCAAGAUUGCGUCGUCGGACGCCAGUGUCCUUGCCGACAUGGCCGCUGAGCGCACUGCGUACGAAUCGCAGAUGAACGAGUUCCUUGAGGGCCUCCGUCGGCAGCUUCUUGCUGUGGAGGAGGCCCGCCGUCAGUCGUCGCUCCAAGUCGCCUCGCUCCGUGCCCAGCUGCUUGAGGCCCAGGCGGCCGCCGCCGACACCGCCCGCUCGCUUGUCGACGAGUGGUCGGCUCGCGUCUCGGCAUGCCAGGACACUGCUAACGCCGAGGUAACUGCUCGCGAUGCCGAGAUUGUCAGCCUCCGCUCGCAGCUCGCUGCCAAGGACCGCGAGGCGUCGUCGGCACUCGCCCGCGCUCGCGUCGAGCUCGAGGCCUCGCUCCGCGAAAAGUACGAGGCCCGUUCCAAGGACCUCGAGGCCCAGCUUCGCGCGCUUCAAGAUGAGUCGAUCAAGCGCGCCGCCGCUGCCCUCGACGAUCGCGAGGUCACCCUCGACCAGAAGGAACGUGACGUCAUCACUGGCAUGGCGCUCACCCGCGACAGGCUCGAGACUCAGCUCGAGGCCAAGCGCAGAGCCAUGGAGGCAGAUCUCCUUGCCAAACACGAGGAGCUCAACGCCACGUACCUGCAGAAGGAGGCUGACCUCCAGGCCGAGCUCCUCUCGGCCAAGCUCGAGCUCGAAUCGAAGGUGGCCAAGAAGAUGGAGGAGCUUCGCGCCAAGGCUGCCGCCCUCGACCGCGAGAAGGACGAGUUUAAGUCGCACCUGCUCGCCCAGUACGAGUCGGUCCAAGAGUCCGACGCCAAAAAGCUCGAGGCCCACAAGCGCGAGCUCGCCUCGUACGAGGCCGAUCUCAACGCGCGCUUCACCGCCAUGGUUGAUCAGCACAACGCUCACCUUGAGUCUGAGCUUGCCAACCGCGCCGUCGAGACCCGCAUUGCACUCCAAGAGCAGGCCUCGGCCGACAUCCAGGCCAAGGACCGAUUCCUCUUCCAGCAGGAGGAGUACAAGAUGGAGAUGGAGGCGUUCCUCAAGCGCAUGCAUGAGCACAUCGAGGCCAUGGAGGCCAAGCACGCGUCGCUUGCUGCGGAGAACUCGCUGCUCCGCACUCAGGCACUCGAGGCUGCGGCUGCCGCCGCCCGCAAGGAGGACGAAGCCGCUACCUCGCAUGCCGCUCAGCUGUCGGAGCUCCGUUCGCAGCUCACCGCUCAGAUCUCUGAGCGCGACCGCGCCAUCAUCGACCUCCAGGGCCAGCUCGCCGCCUGGGAGCGCGAGUACCAAGUCUGGCUCGAGCGCGCCCAGGGCGAGAUCGAAGCCGGCGUCCUCUCCAAGUACGACGCACUCAACAAGGAGCUCUCGACCCAGCUCAAGUCCGAGGCCGAAAAGUCUCGGGCACUGCAGGCCUCGAUUCUCAAGGAGCGCGAGGACUCACUCGCCGCCCGCGAGACCGAAAUGCUCGAGCGGCUCCAGGCUGCCCGCGAGGCGCAGGAGCGCGAGCUCGCUGGUAAGCGCGAGGAACUUAUGGCCGAGUUCAUUCGCUCGCGCGACGAGCUCAUGGCAUCCAACGCCGAGGCUGAGCGCGCCCGCGAGGACGACCUCACUCGCUAUAAGGAGACGCUGGAGACCAAGUACCAGACCCGGAUGCGCGAACUUCGCGAGCUUGAGGAGCGCGUUCGUGCCGAGAAGGAUGCGUUUGAGGCCUCGCUCCGCUCGCAGUACGAGGCCAUUUCACAGGAAGAGCUUGACCGCGCCCGCGAGCGGCAAGACAAGCUCGCCGACUAUGAGAAGCAACUGCAUGAUAAGUUCAAGUCGAUGGUCGACCACUUCCGGUCGCAGUCCUCCGACGAGGCGUACGCUCGGACCCAGGCAGCCCGUGCUCAGCUCGAGGAGCACGCUGCUGCCGAAAUGGCCCAACAAGACGCGCUUCUCCGCGAGCAGGAAGCUUACAAGCAGGAGAUGGAGUCUUUCCUCGCGCACCUUCACCUGCAGACCAAGGAGAUGUCUGAGACAAACAAGACGCUCCGCAAGGAAAUUGCCAUGCUCCGGACUCGGCUGCUCGAGUCGGAUGCUGUGCAGACCCGCCGUGAGGAGGAGCUCCGCUCCGCUGCCGAGAACACCCUCUCGUCGCUCCGCAUGGAGUCGAACAAGGAGCUUGCCGCUCGUGAUCGGACCAUUUUGGAGCUCAAGGAGCAGGUUGCGCUGUGGGAGCGCGAGUACGCGCUGCUCGUCGAGCGGGCCAAGGCCGAGCUCGAGGUCGAGAUGAUGGACCGGUUCCAGGCCAUGAACAAGGAGCUCGGCGAGAAGCUGCAUGCUGAAGUCGACGCUGCCCGCCGUUCUAAGGAGGCGCACCUCCGCGAGCGCGAGGCUGCGCUUCUCGCUCGCGAGAAGGAAGCCCUCGACAAGAUUGCGGCGGCUCGCGCGGCGUCGGCCGAGGAGCUGGACGAGCGCAGGCUCGGUAUGGAGCGGACACUCAUGGCGCAGUUUGAGCAGCAGGAGGCUGAGCUUGCCGCUCGCGAACGCGAGCGCGAAGCUGAGAAGCUGGCGUACAAGGAGGAUCUUGAGGCUCGCUACGAGAGCAGGCUUGCUGAGCUGCAGGAGCACCAGAGGACGCUGGAUGCCGACGCCGCUGAGUACAAGAACAAGCUCCGUGGUCAGUUUGAGGCUCUGCAGGCGGAGUCGACAGCACGUCUGUCGGCCAAGCGCGAGGAGCUGGAGGCGUACGAGUCGGACCUCUUUGCGCGUUUCACUUCGAUGCUUGAGGAGUACAAGGCUGCUGCUGACGCCACUGUGGCGGAGCGGGCCCAGGAGUCACGGGCGACCUUUGAGUCGUUUGCUUCGCAGGAGGCGUACCAGAACCAGAUGGAGGCAUUCCUCAAGUCGAUCCACGACCAGCUCGCCGAGCUGGAGUCGCAGAACGCAGAGCUCUCUGCACAGCUUUCUUCGGCUCGCUCGACCGAGCUCCAGCUCAAGGCUGAGCACCAGAAGGCGACUGCAGCGCUGCUGGCGUCGUCCGAGGCCAAGCUGUCGGACGUCCGCAACUCGAUGAACGAGGCACUCGCCGAGAAGGACCGCGCGCUAGUCGAGCUCCGUGAGAAGAUUGCCGCCAUGGACCGCGAGUACAAGCUUUGGCUUGAUCGUGCCCAGGUCGAAAUCGAGGCCGACGUCCGUUCCAAGUACGAGCUCAUCAACAAGGAGCUCGAAAUGCGCAUGCUGGAGGAUGUAGAGGCUGCGCGCCGCUCGCAGGAGUCGUUCCUGCGCGAGCGCGAGCAGACGCUCUCGACUCGCGAGUCGGACCUCAUGAACCGGCUCCAGCGCCAGCGUGAGGCGCUCGAGGCCGAGUAUGCCCAGCGGAAGGAGGCGCUCGAGGCGCAGCUGCUGGCCAAGCAGGAGGCGCUGCAGGACGAGGCGCUCCGUCGCUCUCGCGCGCUCGACGAGGAAAAGUUCCAGUUCAAGUCGCAGCUCGAGGAGAAGUUUGCAGCGCGGACGGCGGCGCUUGCUGAGCGCGAGAAGGCACUUGUUCGGGCCAAGGCUGACUUUGAAGCCUCGCUCCGGUCCAAGUACGAGGCCAAGGUGCAGGCGCUUGCGGAUCGCGAGCUUGCGCUUGAGCAGGAAAAGUCGGCGUACGAGAUGGAGCUACGCGAGAUCGCAAAAGUCGAGCAGGAUCUGUUCGCCAAGUUCCAGGCCAUGGUCGAGUCGCACAAGACCGAGCUUGAUGAGGAGGCUGCGGCGCGAGCAACCGCCUCUCGUUCCGAGUUUGAGGCCCAGGAGCGUGCGUCGCUGGAGAAGAAGCGUGCCUUUAACCGCCAACAGGAGGCGUACGUGGCUGAAAUCCAGAGCUUUGUCUCCAAGCUUAACGACCAGCUUGCGGCCAUGGAGGACCAGCACCAGAUGCUGACUACCGAAAUUGCUCGGCUCAAUGCGUACCAGCUUCAGCGCGAUGCCGAAUGGCAGUCGAAGAUGGCCGAUGCCAAUGCCGCCGCCGCCAGUGAGCUCUCGGCUACCCGCAACGAGCUGCACGCGGCAAUUGCCGAGCGCGAGUCGCGGAUUGUCCAGCUGCAGCAGGACGCUGCCGCUCGUGACGCCGAGUCUGCUGCCUGGCGCGAGGCCAAGGCUGCCGAGAUCCGGGCUUCGCUCGUCUCAUCGCUCGAGUCGCGGGCCAAGGACACUGAGCGUGCGAUGCUUGCCUCUGUGCAAAAGUCGACCCAGCUCCAAGAGGCUGCGCUGGCCUCGCGCGAAGCUGCUCUAGCGCGCCGUGAGGCCGAGCUGCUGGAGAACCUCACCGAGUCCCGCAAUAAGGUUGCGGCUGAAGUGGCGAAUGCCAAGGCCGACAUGGAGUCUGCGCUUCGUGCCUCGUUUGAGGCCAAGCACACAGCGCUCCUCGAGUCGGUUCGUCUCCGUGAGCAGCAGUCGGAACGCCUCCGAGCCGAGCUCGAGGCCAAGUAUGAUGCCAAGCUAGCGGCGCUUGCCGCCCGCGAGCGCGAGACGGCGGAUGCCAAGCGCGAGCUCGAGGCUUCACUUCGGUCCAAGUUUGAUGCUCUGGCUGCUGAUGAGGCCGCCAAGGCGCGCGAGGCUCUCGCCCGCGCCGAGUCGUACGAGCGCGAGCUCUUUGACAAGUACCAGGGUCAGCUUGCCGACCUUCAGGCUCAGGCUGCGGCGCUUGACAAGGACAAGGCCGACUACGAGGCCAAGCUCCGCCAGACCGCUGACGAGCGGGCGCGCGCACUGCAGGCUGAGACGGAUAAGCUACGGGGCCAGCUGCGUGCCAAGAUGGACGCUGUCGAUGCUGAAGUUGCGAACCAGGUCGCUCAACGUAAGUCAGCCCUCGAGGCUGAGUACAACGCCCGGCGUGACGCACUCUCGUCGUCGCUCUCAGAUCAGGCCCGUGCCGAACUUGCCAAGCGUGACUCUGCCCGUGCUGAGCAGCUCGAGUAUGAGCGGUCAAUGCAGGGUGUACUCAACGAUCUGACAUCCAAGCUCGAUGCCAUGGAGCAGGCACACCGGUCGUCGCUGGCCGAGAUGGCGUUGCUCAAGGCACAGCUGCUGGAGGAGCAGACGUCUUCGGUGGCGGCGGUGGCGCGUGCCGAGACCAAGGCUGCCAACACGCUCGCGGCCCGCGAGGCCGAGCUUGCGCGCGAGCUUGCCAACAAGAAUGCAAGCAUUGUAGCACUCAAGAACGAGCUCUCAGCAGCAGCAAAUCAGACAUCGCGUAUCCGCGACUCGGUGGCUGCCGAGCUGGAGAUCUCGAUUCGCGACAAGUACGAGAAGAUGCACAACGAGCUUCUUCGCGAGCACGAGGCGCAGCUUGCUGCCGUCCAGGCUCAGCAUGAUGACUACUUUAACGCGCGCAUGGCUGAGCUGCUCGCCCGCGAGAAGGACCUUGUCACUGCCAUGCACUCGAAGCGCGAGGCUCUUCUCGUUGAGGUUGCUCAGCUCCGCAAGCACAUCGAAGACGAGAUGCUAGCCGCCGCUGCCGAUCAGGCGGCAGCGGCAGAGGCACGCGAGCGCGAGCGCGAUGCACAGAAGCUUUCCCACAAGCAGUUCCUCGAUGCGCAGUACGAGAAGGCGCUCGCAGCGCUGCAGGAUCGCGAGGCGCAGCUCCUCGCCGACCGCCUCGAACACGAGGAGGCCUACCGUCGCCGUGCCGACGCACUUGCUCACGAGUUCCAGGCACGCGAGCUCAAGAUUGAGAAGGAAAAGUCGAUGUUCGAAGAUGCACUCGUUGCCAAGUAUGACGAGCAGUUUGCCGAGCUCAAGGCCCGCGAGGCGCAGCUUGUCCGCGAGAAGGAUGCGUACGAGGCCUCGGUCCGUGCCCGCUACGAGUCGGCCCUCGCCGACUCGCAGGCUUCGCUGGCGGCUGCUCAGGACGAGCUGGUGGCGUACGAGCGCAAGCUUCACGCCGACUUUGCCGACUCACUGGCAGAGGCGCAGGCCAAGGCGGCAGAUGCGGCGCGGACCCAGGUUGAGGAGCUCAAGGCUCAGCUCGCCGAGCUUGCCGACCGCGAGCUUGCGCUCAUGUCACACAAGUCGGAGCUUGAGCGCGCGUCGCUGGCCAAGUACGAGAAGCUUCAGAGCGAGCUUCUUGCCCGCGACCGUGACCGGGAGCUCGAGAUGAACGAGUACAAGCUCCAGCUUGAUGCCGAGCACGAAGCGCGUCUGGCAGCCGUCUCUGAGGCACAGGUUGAGCUCGCAUCGUCCAAGGCGGCGUAUGAGCGUGAGCUGCGGAUCAAGUACGAGUCAAAGAACUCUGAGCUCAAGCUCGCCGAGGUCGAGGCUCAGUCGCGGAUCGAAAAGCUUGAAGGUGAACUGCGAGAGCAGUACCUGACCAAGAUGGAGGAGCUCAAGCUGAAGGAAGCUGCUUUUGACGCCAAGGCUCGGGCGUACGAGGAUGAGCUCCGUGCUGCGUCUGAUGCCAAGCUUGAGUCGCUGCGUGUGAAGGAGCACGAGCUUGAGGCGUCACGUGCGACGAUGGAGGCCGAGCUGCGUGCCCUCCACGAUGCCAAGCUCGAGGAGCUCCGCAAGUACGAGGUGCAGCUCGAGUCCGACAAGUUUGCCUACGAAAAAUCUCUUCGUGACAAGUACAAUGCCGAGCUUGAUGAGUUCAAGGUCCGCGAGUCUCAGCUCGAGGCGGAUGCGCAGCGUGCGCAGCUUCGCAAGGAUCGCGAGAAGCUGGUGCACGAUCGGGCAGCGCUCGAGGCUGAGUUCCGUGCACGUGAGGAGGAGCUUGACAACACGGCGUCGGAGCGCGAGAUGGCGUUUGCCGCGGCCAAGGCGGCGCACGAGCGCGAGACCCGCGAAAAGGCGCUCAAGACCCGCGAGGCUGACAUGGCCGAAGUCGCUCGUCUCAAGCGUGAGCUCGAGGCACGCGAGCUCGACUUUGCCGACGAGAUGGAUCAGUUGAUGGCCAAGCACAACCGUGAGAUCGAGGACAAGCUCCGUGCGCGGCUGCGCGACCAUGCAGCAACGCUGGAAGCGCAGACUCGCGAGAAGGUGCGCAUCCACGACACGCUCCGGUCGGAGCAUGCCGAGUACGAGGCCAAGGUGCAGACGACACUCUCGGAGCUUGUCUCCCAGCUCGAGUCGAUGGAGGCCGAGCACAAGGUGCUCCGUGAGGAGAUUGCGCUUCUGCGCUCGGCGGGCAUUGCGCUCAAGGCCGAGCAUCAGGCCGACCGCGAGAACCUGCUCACCGAGGCUGAGGAGAAGCUCUCAGCGACGCGAAACGAGCUCAACGGCGAGAUCGCCAAGCGGGAUCGAACCAUCAUGGAGCUGCGCGAGCAGAAUGCCACGUGGGAGCGCGAGUACCAGCUCUGGCUCGAGCGGGCACAAACCGAGAUCGAGAAUGACCUUCGGUCGCAGUUUGAGGCCAAGGAGAAGGAGUUCCAGACCUCGCUGCUGGCGUCUGUGGAGGAGAACCAGAACAACCAGCGCUCGUUCCUCAAGUCGCUUGAGGCCGAGCUUCACUCGCGUGAGAUGGAGCUGCUGUCGCGGCUGGAGGCACGUCGCGAGGCCGACGAGAUGGAGCUCAUCAACGCUCGUUCCGAGUUUGAGCGCGAGAUGAUCGAGAAGCACCAGGCUCUCCAGGAGCAACUUAUCGAGACUGAGCGUGCGCGCGAUGUUGAGAAGCAGGAGUUCAAGCUCAUGCUUGUCCGCAAGUACGAAGAGAAGCUUGCCGACCUUAAGGACCGUGAGCUUGCGCUCGAGUCGGCCAAGUCUGCAUACGAGACCUCACUCCGUGACCAGUUUGAGGAGCUCCAGGCUGCGGCCGAGGCCAAGCUCCGCGAGCGCAAGGCCGAGCUGGACGCGUACGAGCACGAGCUCUUUGACAAGUAUCAGUCGAUGGUUGCCGGCCAUCGUGCUGACAUGGAGGCCGAGCAGGCCGACCGCGAUGCCAAGCUCCGCGAGGCGAUGCGCUCACUCGACGACCAGCAGGAGGCGAUGCAGGCCAACCUGGCGACGCUCGAGCGGCAACUGCAGGACAAGUACGAUGCACUCAAGCUCGAGCUCAUCCAGCGGUCUGAGGCAAACGAUGCCAAAAACGCCGAGUACCGUGCCGAGCUCGAGGCUCACUACGAGCGCGAGCUUGCCGAGCUCAAGGACCGCGAGGCUGUCUUUGAGUCAGACAAGAAGGAGUACGAGGGUGCUCUCCGCGCAUCGUACGAUGCCAAGUGUGCCGAGCUUCGCGAGAAGGAGAUUGUCCUUCACGAGGAGAAGACGGCGACCGAGGCCAAGCUCCGGGCCGAGUUUGCCGACAAGCUGGCGGCGCUCGAGGCGCGCGAGCACGACCUUGAGGUCUCGCUCAUCAAGCAGGAGGCAACCCUUCGCGAGCGGCUGGAGGCCCGUGCGGCUGAGCUGGAGGCCCGUGCGCUGGAGCUGGAGGGCGAGAAGAAGGCGUUUGAGGCCGAUCUUGUCCAAAAGUACCAGAACAAGCAGCAGGCGCUGGCAGAAGCCGAGCUGGCGCUCGAGCGCGACCGCGCCAAGUACGAGGCGCAGUACCGCGACAAGUACGAUGCCAAAAUGGAGGAGGCCAAGUCGUUGGAGGCUAACCUCGAGGCGCAGAAGCUCGAGUACGAGCGCCAGAUCCGUGCACAGUACGAGAAGGCGCUCGAACUGGACAACUCGCUGCUGCGGGAGCGCAAGGCUGAGCUGGAGGCAUACGAGCGCGACCUGUUUGUGCGGGUGCAGGCCAUGAUCGAGGAGUCCAAGGCGACGGCGGAUGCCGCGGCUCGUGACGCGGCCAACGCGACCCGCGACGCCAUGGAGGCAGUGGCAACAGCCGAACUUGCCAAACGUGAGGCGCUGGAGGCUGACCAGGCCGAGGCUCGCGAGGAUGUGGCUCGAGCAAUGAUGUCGAUGAAGGAGCAGCUGGUGACGCUGACCGAGGUUGAGGCGGCGCUCUCCGAUGAGAUUGACAGGCUCAAGGCACUGGCCCUCGAGGCUGAGCUUGUCCACCAGAAGAACCUGGAGGAGAUGAAGGCCGAUCACCACCAGAAAAUGUCUGAACUUAAGAUCCAGCUCUCGACCGAGAUUGCGGAGCGCGACCGGCAGAUAUUUGAAUUCCGCGACCAGAUCGCGUCGUGGGAACGCGAGUACCAGAUCUUUGUCGAGCGUGCGCAGCGCGAGAUCGAGGCCGAGGUCCGAGCCAAGUACGACGAGUCGAACAAGGAGUUUGAGGCAAACCUCAAGGCCGAGGUUGAGGCCACGCGUGCGCUGUACGAGGAGUCGCUGCGCGAGCGUGAAGACGAGCUCAACAAGCAGCAGAUUGAGCUUGCGACGACGUUGCACAACAACAAGGAGCGGCUGGAAGGCGAGCUGCGCGAGCGCAAGGCGGCGCUCGAGGCGGACAUGCUCAAGCUUCGUCGUGAGCUUAACGAUCAGUUUGAGGCCAAGUCUGCCGAGCUCGACGCGGUCAAGUCCAAGUUUAAGGCCGAUCUGGAGGCGCGGUUCUCGCUCAAGCUCGAGGAGCUGCACAAGCGCGAGCAGGAGAUGCGGACCGAGAAGGCCAAGUUUGAAGAUGGCGUCCGCGCUCGUGCUGAAGCGCAGCGCGAAGAAGACGAACUCGAGCUGGUGGCCCGGCGUGCCGAGCUGGACAAGUACAAGGAGAAGCUCGAGGCCGACUACGAGACCAUGGUCCGCGAGUUCCGCGAGCAGGUCAAGUCCGAAAUGGCGCAGCGGUCCGAGACUGACCGCAAGUUCCUCGACCAGAUCAAGGAGCAGCAGAUGGAGCUCUUGGCGCAAAAGGAGUCGAUGGAGCGCGAAGUCAUGGAGCGCCAUCAGGAUAUGCAGGCCGAGCUGCUGCGGCAGCACGAGGCGCGCGAGGCGCAGCUUGCCGAGCUGCGGGCAGCCAUCGACGAGGCCCAUGCAGCCAAGCUCGCCGAGGUUGCGCAGCGCGAGGCCGCCAUUGAGCAGCGGGUCAACGAGAAGGAGCUUGCUCUCAUUCAGAGCUACAAGCUCAAGGAGGAGCAGCUGCGCGAUGCCAAGACGCGGAUGGACGAGGCCAAGGCUGCCACCGAGGCGCAGCUGCGUGCCCAGCACGAGGAGCGGCUUGCCGAGCUCAAUGCUCGGGCGAACGCCAUCGAGGCGGAGAAGGCCGAGUUUGAGGCCAACCUUCGUGCUCAGUACCAGCGGCUGAAGGAUGCUGACGCCGCUGCACUCGAGUCGCAGAAGGCUGAGCUUGCGACGUACGAGACUGCGCUCAACGAAAAGUUUGAGGCUCUCGCAGCUGAGCACGCUGCUAACCUCGAGGCUGAGGCCGAGGCGCGCAAGGCAGCCAUGGACGCGUCGAUUGCGAUGUACGAGACCAAGGCAAGCGAGCUCAAGGCUCAGGAGGAUGAGUUCCGGAUUCGGCUUCUGACCGAGACCGAGGAGCUGCGCCAGUCGCUUGUGGAACGCGACGACGAGCGCGAGGCCGAAAAGGUGGCGUUCAAGGCCAAGAUUCUGGCGGACUUUGAGGAGAAGUCUGCCAAGCUUGCGGCCAAGGAGCACUCGCUGUAUGAGGAGCAGGCGAAGCUCGAGUCGGAGCUGCGGAGCUCGUACGAGGCCAAGGAGGUCGAGCUCAAGGCGCUCAAGGAGGAGUUUGAGCGCGAGAAGAUCGCCUUUGACCGUGAGCUCACCGAGCGGCACGAUGCCAAGAUGCGCGAGCUGCGCGAGCGCGAGCGUGAGAACGAGGCGUCCAAGAAGGCGUUUAUGGAGGAGAUGCGCGCCAUGACCAAGGCCAAGCUUGCGGAGCUGGAGGCCGAGGCUGCAGCGCUCGACGCGUCGUACAAGGAGCGGGCCGAGGAGCUUGAAGUCAAGGCCGAAGAGGAUGCGGCUGCUCUCCGCAACCGCGAGGCCGAGCUCGAUGCUGACAAGCUCGAGUACGAGAACUCGCUGCGGACCAAGUACGAGAAGCUCAUUGCCGACCAGGACGCAGCCAACGUGCAGCGGACGGCGGCGCUCGAGGCCAAGGAGAAGGAGAUGUACGAGAACUACCAGAGCAUGGUGGCCAAGCACCGCGAGUCUGUUGAGGCCGCGGCUGCCAAGCGCUCGGCAGAGGUCCAGGCUGCCCUGGAGGCGCAGGCCGAGGAGGAGCUGCUCAAGAAGGAGGCGCUCCUGAAGCAGCAGGCCGAGUACGAGGAGGAGAUUCGUGCCACGCUCCAGAAGCUCCGCGACGAGCUGGAAGAGAUGGAGGCAACCAACAAGUCGCUGGUCACUCAAAUUGCGUCAGUGAAGGCUGCGGCACUCGAGGCCGAUGCCGAGCACCAAGGCGCUCUCUCGUCGCUCAACGUGGCGCAUGCCAAGGAGCUCUCGGAUGCUCUGGCGGCAGCAUCGGCCGAGGCUUCGGCGACAAAGAACGAGCUCAAUGCGAUUAUUGUGGCCCGCGACCGCGCCAUGGAGGCGUACAAGGACGAGGUUGCGACUAUGGAGCGCGAGCGGACGCUGGCCAUGGAGCGGGAGAAGGCCGAGCUGGAGGCCGAGCUCAAGGCAGCGUAUGCGGCGGAGCAGGCGGCGUUUGAGGCCAAGAUCCUUGAGCAGGUGGAGGAGUCGCACCGGACGGCGCGGGUUGCCGACCUCAAGGAUCGCGUCGCGUUUGAGGACAAGCUGCGGUCAUACUACGAAGACCUCCUUGCGACGUCGGAGAACGAGGUGCGGACCAAGUUCAAUGCCAUGCUCAAGGAGCACAAGGAGGAGUCACGUGCUCAGCGCGAGGCCGCCGACGAGUCGCAUCGGACCGAGCUUGCUGCGCUGCUCGCAGACAAGGUGAAGCGCGAGCAGGAGAUGGCUGAGGAGCGGGCGGCAUUUGAGGUUGCGCUUGCCGCCAAGUACGACGAGCUCUCGUCCAACUACGUGGCUACUAUUGAGAAGCUCACGUCUGACAAGGAAGAGCUCGCGCUCGCGCACCAGAACGCUCUAGAGGAGGCGCGGGAGGCGCGUGCGGCCGCAGAAGCUGCGCUUGCCGCCAAGUUUGAGGAGCGGCUGGCCAAGGCUGAAAAGGCGUCAGCAGCUUUGGUGGCCAAGCUGGAGGGCGAGCUGGAGGCAGCGGCGUGGGCGGCUGACGACCUCAAGGCGACGUGGCAGGCGAAGCUGGCCGACGCGGUGGCGGCCAAGGAUGCCGAGCUCAAGGCUGCAGCGGUGGCGGCCGAGGAGGCUGAGGCCGCGGCCGAGGUUCGGCUCGCCGAGACCAAGGCGGCAUACGAGGAGGCUGCUGCUGGGCUGCGGCGCAAUAUGGCCGCGGCCAAGGAUGCAUCCGAUGCAGCGAUGGAGGAGCUUCGGGCUGAGCAUGCGGCGGCGGUGCUCGAGCUCAAGUCGGCUAUGUCUGCGGCGCGAAUUGCAGCUGAGCAGGCGGUCGAGGCGCAGCGCGCCGAGUACGAAGCCAAGAUUGAGACGCUCAACGAGAACAUUCUGGACCUCAAGCGCGAGCAUCGUGAGGCGAUGUCUGCGGCGGCGUCCGAGGCGGGAGCCAAGCUUCUCGCGUCGCGGCACGAGCAUGAGGCUGCGCUCGCGGCGCUGCAGAGCGAGUACGAGGACAGGAUUGCUGCGGUCAAGACCAAGGCUGCUGAAGAGCUUGCCGAGCUGACGGCGGCGUCCGAAUCGACGCUGAGCGAGACAACGGCGGCGCUGCAGGAGCAGCUCAAGGCGCUGCGGACCGAGCUGGCGUCAACGGUCGCAUCUCAAGCGAAGCGCGAGGAAGCGCUGGAGCAGAAGUACCUCGUGCUCCUGGAGGAGCAGCGGACGUCCGCGGCUGCGGCCAAGGACGAGCUGGAGGGCUCGCUCCGGGCAAUGAUCAACGAGCGCGACGAGAAGCUGCGGUCUCUGGAAGCGUCCGAGGAGGAGGCGCGGCUCUCGUUCGAGAAGGCGCUCUACUCCAAGUACGAGGCGCUCAUUGACGAGCACCAAGAGACUGUGGCCAAGGUUCAAGAGGAGGCGCAGGAGAUGCAUGCCGAGAUCAUGGAAAAGGCUGCGGGGCGCGAGCAGGAGCUCUUUACCGCCAAGCAGGAGGCACGAGCGGCGGCCGAGGCAUCGGUCAAGGCGUUCUACGAGCAGAAGCUGGAAGCGUACUCGGCCAUCCUCAAGGACGACUACGAACUUCGCGAGUCGCAGCUUGAAAAGCGGCUCUCGCUUCACUACGAAGCUCUGCUCGCAGCCAAGGACAAGGAGCUCGAGGCGCUGUCGACGGAGGCCUCGACAACCGACGCCAAGCACGCGGCCGAGUGGUCAUCAGCGAUGGAGGACCUCAAGGCGCGCAACGCCGAGGUUGCGGCGGCGUUUGAAGAGCGUCUCAAGGCCAAGUACGAUGCCAUGCUGGUGCAGUACGAGUCUUUGUACAAGGACCAGCUCGCGCACUUUGAGGCUGCAGUGGCGGCGUCGACAACCGACCAGGAGUCGGACAAGCGCGAGUGGCAGACACGCCUCCGCAAGGCCAAGAUCUCGUUUGCCAAGUGGAAGUUUGACUACCAGACGCACAUGCAGGCCAAGUACGAGCGGGUCAUCUCGGAGCUGCACGCGCGAUACCUCGGUGAGGUUGAGGCGCGUGCCCGCGACAAGGCGUCGUUCAAGGAGAUGGAGGCGCUGGAGAACCUCAAGGUCCGUGAAGCCGAAGUGGCGCGCAUGACCAUGCACUCUGCAGCGGCGAGCCAGCGCACGGCAGCGGCGGCGAGCCAGGCCAAGAUCCUCAAGUCAGCGGUCUCGAAGCAGCAGAAGCUCUCGAUGCUCAAGUCGUCGAUCGAGAAGAUGUGGGAGGCUCUUGAGGCUGAUCAGGCUGAGAUCUCGGCGUUCCUCAACCGGGUUCAUGCUGCAGCCAACGACUCAGACAAGCUGCUUGCCCUCUACGAGCGCGAGUCGGCCCGUCUCACGGACCGACUUCCGCUGAUGCAGCACGUGACACGGCGCGAGUUCAUCAAGUACCGUCUCGAGUGCAUCCACAAGUAUGUGCAGUCGUCGUCGCGGACCGGCGGCUCGGACGCGUCGCGGCUCGAGCGCGAAGCUGCGGAGCGCGAGAAGCUGUGGAAGGAGCUGCUCAAGCUCAACGCUCACCUCAACACUGUUCUUGUUGACUAUGAGCGCAAGCACGGCGAGCGCUUUACCUACCGCGGUAACGUCGUUCUCGACAUGAUCGCCACCGACACCCCGAUCCUUCGCGGGUAUGUUGAGGCCGAUUCGGCCCGCGGCGGCGGCAUGGGCGGACAUGCGCGGUCAACCAUCCGCGCGUAAACAAUGAAGUUGCUAACUCAGAUGACGAUAGGAGCAAGAGAAUUACAUUGAUUCAAUGGCGCAA